AUGCUCGCUUGCCAAAUCCUGCUUGUAGCGUUCAUACCAUCCUUGGCCCUUCGUCGUGACAUCGACAAGGAGGGGGACCAGGAGCUUCAUGCUCAUGGCGCGCAUCGCGCGUGCUCUCCGGCCGAAACCAUUGCCUAUAACCACGUGGCGAUUCCAAGGCCACAGGAGUUGGCCGAUUGGAAGGAGGCUCUGUCCACAGCAGGGCCGCUAGCAAGUCCCAUCGGAGAGGGGGACGGCCUCAUCAUUGAUCUCGCGAUGAGGAUGGCCAUGCUGCCCUAUGGGCGCAUGGUUGAAGGUGUGUCCUUUACCUCGUUCUCGACCUACGCUUCGAAAGGCGAUGAUACCCCCAGCAUGGGAGAGCUACUGGUUCGAGGGAAAGCGGAGCACAAGAAGACAAGAGGCGCAAAAGCUACGUGGAAUAAGGACGACAGCCCCUAUGCCGCAGUCUACAUCAUCAGGCUCUCGGAUGGCGGGGUGGGCUUGGUUUUCAGCUUCAAAGGAUCGACAAAUCUCAAGGACUGGGCCAGGAAUUUAGACUUCCUGGGUACACACUUUGAGGGAUCGAAUAAUUCCCACGUGAAGGUGCAUCGUGGUUUCCAGGCGCAUGCGAACAGCAUCUGGACCUCGUUGAAGGAUGCUGUCACGGACCUCGCCGUUCACCGGCUGCUUAUUGACACCUGGAACAUCCAGGAUGCUUACGCCAACGAGUUCACGGACUACGUCACGCACGGCACAUGGAGCUGGUGCAUCUGCGUUGGGCACAGCCUUGGCGGGGCAAUGGCAGACAUUUUCGCGGAAAAUAUCGUCACACGUUACAAGGGUCGCAACAGGGGUCCAGUCUAUGCCGUGACGAUCGAUGCUCCCAUCCCUGGAAACAAGGCCUUCAAUCUUGACAUGGCUCAGAACAUUCUUCCACACGGCGGGCUUCGUAUCGAGAAUCCUGGCGAUCCUGUGCCCUGGACAGGGUAUGGUGGCAUCACGCUCAGGAAACGCCAAGUUCACGGAAUGCAGUGGAGGCUGCCAAAGCCAUCAGCAAAAUUCAGUCUUUAUGAUACCCACACACUAUUCCCCAUAGAGGCGCAGUCGGAGAGUGGCAACAAGACGUGCCGGCUGUAUACCUUCCAGGACUAUGAUCCUGACACCGACCCGCAAGACACCUGGUUACAAAACUACCACAAGAUGGCGUGGGUCUACGGAGCUGAGACAGCAUCGUUCGUUCGGGCGGAUUGA